AUGGGAGCAGAAUCGAUUGUUUGUCAGAAAAAGUCGCUAUCACCAAAAGAGAUGAAUGAAACGGAUCUGAUAAUUGAUAGAAUUGCUGAGUUAAUUCUUACAUGUGACUCGAUUUUAUUUACAAGUGGCGCUGGCAUGAGCGUGGCCAGCGGGCUUGGUACUUUUCGAGGCAACACAGCUGACAUUUGGCCACCUCUUUUACAGGAACCAAAGUAUGAUUAUACUGAAAUUUGUGAUCCCGUUUGGUUUUGCAAAGAACAGAGCAAUAGUAUUGAACAUAAUACGGCUAAUUUUGGAUAUGCAUUCUGGAUAUACCAGUAUCAUUUAUUUACUUCAACUACACCUCAUCACGGUUAUCUGAUCGCUAAACAGUGGAGCCAAUUAGAUCAUAUGAAAUAUGCGUUCAGUUUUACAAGUAAUAUCGAUGGGCAUUGGAGAAAAUCCGGUUGGUGUGAUGUAUCUAUACUUGAAUGUCACGGUUCUAUCGAUUAUAUGCAAUGUGUUCGUAAUUGUUGUGAUUCGGUAUGGCCAACGAAUGACGCAUUGAAAUUAAAUGUUGAUCCGGAAACCAACUGUGCGAUCGAUCCAUUACCUUUAUGUUUACACUGCAGCCAUUUAGCAAGACCUAAUGUAUUGAUGUUUAAUGAUCAACGGUACGCUGGUGAACGAUAUAACGAACAGAUUGAUCACUAUGAGCAAUUCAAGAUGGAUAUCGUAGAGACAAAAUCGAAAUUAUUAAUUAUUGAACUAGGUGCUGGUACAACAGUACCUUCUGUACGAAAUGAAAGCGAACUGGUGUUUAAGAACAAGAAAUGGGUGGCCAAUUUCGUUCGAAUUAAUUCAUCGGUAGAGCAUUCAACGAUUGAAGAUUGUUAUAAAAACAAGGCCAAUCGAUUGACGUUGAAAUUAACAAUGGAUGCGUUGGCAGCAAUGACAUUGAUUGAUCAAGCGUUGAAUAAAAAACUAAAAACAGCUAAAUAG